ACGAGUGAACAUGAAACCAGGAUGUGUUCGCACGAAAUUUGCAUGUCAACCAGACAGAGAACAAGUUAUUACAGGAUGUCAAUCCUCUUUGCAGUAUGGGGACCAAUUUAAAAGUCCAGAGCACAUUAAGGAGCAGACAGACGAUAUGCAGCAUUCUGACUGUCAGAUGGAGACACAGUGUGCGGAUCAAAUUAAAGAGGAGUCCUCAUGCUCGGAUAGUGAGGAGUGCAGCACGAGUAAGGCAGCUAUGCCGGCCAGCCUGUACAUCAACCACAAGCCCUUAUAUUCAGACAGCGCAGGCUAUGGUGUAAGAAAGGCAGGAAAGCUAGCUGAUGAGCUAAAGGAGGAGGCCCUGUGUUCAGACAGCAUGGAGUGUGGCAUGACUGGCAUGAGCGAGUCGGCCAUGCUGGCCAGUGUGGAUACUGACCUUGUGUCUGGAUCAAAGCAUGUGAAAGAAGAGUCGGAGAGCGAAGAGUAUGGAAUGAGUGAGGCAGCCAUGCUGGCAGACCUGUAUGCUGACCAUGUCGUGAAGGAAGAGUUAGUGCUGGGGCCGGAGCAUCCAUAUCGGCCAGAUGUAUCUCUGGUAGGCUUCGGUUCCGAAGAUGAAUUAAAAUCACACAUUUCUUCAUCAAGUUCUAAAAAUAAACAACUUGCGAUUGGGGUCAAUGAGAAACACUUUGACGAAUCAAUUGACGAGUGGACGCGUCUUGUUGACGAAUUGAGUGACUGUGAUAUGGAUGCGGAUCAGGACGACGAAUCACUUAACCUUCUUCCGAAUAUGCCAGCGCGCGACGCUUUAACAGAACCUGCUAUAGAAGCUGAUUUAACAGAUUUUGAGGCCCAAGUUCUGGUAGCUGAAGAUCGACAAAAUGACCUGGCAUUACGCGAAAAUGUACCUAAGGCCGACUACAAUUUUGAGUGGGACAAGGAUAAACGUACAUUUAAAGGACAGAGAGAAACGUUUACAGCUUCUUCAGGGCCAACUUUCCCAAUAACAGACCAAACCCGUGCCGUAGAUAUUUUUUACAAAAUGUGUGACAGUGACUUACUGGACCGACUUUGCUCGGAGACCAAUAGGUAUGCGAGCCAAAAAAUUACUUUGCUAAAAGCUGAAAACAAGCUGUUGCCAAACUCGCGGUUGCAACGUUGGACUCCAAUCGAUAGAGACGAAAUGGUCAGCUUUCUAGCACUCACUAUCUUGCAAGGGCUAUACCCCCUUCCAGAUGAGGAGUCAUACUUUUCCUUCAAUGGUUUCGGAUCAAUGCCAUACUUUUCCAGAAUAAUGUCCUACAACCGAUAUUUUCUAAUAAAAUCGCUGCUACAUUUCGUAGACAACCAAAAUUUAACAGAACCGACAAAAUUAAGUAAAAUUCAACCGAUAACCGACUACUUUAACAAAAAGUUUUCCAGCCUGUACUAUCCAGGUCAGGAGAUAGCUAUUGACGAAUCUCUACUGAAAUGGCACGGGCGGUUAGGCUUUGCCCAAAAAGUUCUGUCAAAGGCUGCUCAAGUAGGUGUAAAGACUUACGAAUUAUGCGAGUCGUCUAGUGGUUAUCUGUGGAAUUUCUUUGUAUAUGCUGGAAAAACUAAGCCUACAAAUACUCACCCCGUAGUAGACGAUAUGACUGGACACGUACAACAUGACAUGACUGGGCCUGAAAUCGACACGACUGACUCAACCGAUCGACCCACCAUCGCGACUGCAAAAAUUGUUUACGACUUGGUAGAACCGCUACUUAACAAAGGUCAUACAUUAAUCAUGGACAAUUUUUACAACAGUCCUUUACUGGUGCGAUGUUUGAAACAACAAAAGACUGACUGUUACGGCACACUUAGACUCAACCGUGAAUUUGUUCCCGAUUCCCUUAAAGCUUUAGAUAAAUCAGACCUCAAACGUGGUGAAGUGGUCGCUAGUUAUUGCCCCGAUUUGUCUGUGAUUGUGUGGCGGGAUGCUAAUAUAGUUAGCUUAAUAUCCACAUACCAUUCCUUACAAAUCGGAACCAAAAACAAGGAUACCGGAGUGACAUACAAACCCAGCAUUGUUCUAGACUACAAUAAGUCAAUGGGAGUAGAUAAGAAAGAUCACUACCUGUCCGCCCAUCCUUUAGAAAGAUGUAAAAACAAAGUUUGGUACAAAAAGCUUUUCUUUCGCAUGUUUAAUGCGGCCAUAUUUAACUGUUUCCUCAUAUUUGCCACAUCAAAUCCAAAAAUAAACCACCGACAAUUUAGGACAAUGCUGGCAGAGGACCUACUGAAAAUACAUCGGCAAAUUGACUUGACUGACGAGAAGAGACUUAUAACUAGAAGGUCUGGACUGACGACAAAAACGUCUACUGUAAGACCAAAAAGCCACCAAAGGCCUCAACUCGAGCACCGGCACUUCCCAACACGUACUGGGUUUAAAAAAAGUCGGUGUUGGAUGUGUACCCAACGGAAGGUGUCCGCCAGGACCGUUUGGAAAUGCAUGGAAUGCGAUGUCAACCUUUGCAUCGAUCACUGCUUUAUGAAUUAUCACGUUAAACCAGUGAUGGAUACAACUCUCUAA